AUGGCGACCAUUAAGGCCAUAGAGGCCCGCUCGGUCCAUCAAAUCCAGUCUGGACAGGUCAUCACCGAUCUCUGCUCCGUCGCGAAGGAACUCGUUGAGAACAGUCUCGAUGCAGGCGCAACCACUCUUGAGAUACGCUUCAAAAACAACGGGCUGGACCUGAUCGAAGUGCAAGAUAAUGGUGGCGGGAUAUCCCCUGAAAACUACGAGAACGUCGCCCUGAAACACUAUACGUCCAAACUUUCCUCCUAUGAUGACCUGGCGAGCCUCCACACUUUCGGUUUCCGCGGGGAGGCCCUCUCGUCCCUUUGCGCCCUCGCAGACUUUCAAAUUGUGACCGCCCAGGCUAAUCAAGCGCCACGCGCGAACCGACUCGAAUUUGAGGUGUCCGGCAAACUCCGCAAAACACAGAUAGUGGCAGGGCAGAGAGGUACAACCGCAUCGGUCGCGGGUAUCUUCAAAAGACUACCCGUCCGUCGACGCGAAUUGGAAAAGAACAUAAAGCGAGAGUAUGGGAAAGUCCUGAGCCUACUGCAUGCAUAUGCCUGUAUCAGUACCGGUACAACGAAAGAGAACAUUACGAAUAUCUACGGUGCAAAGACGCUGGCUGCGUUGAUCCCUCUGGAUCUAGAUCUGGAAUUCAAGCCGUCAAUGCCCACACAACGCGUCAGCGGCGAGGAGCAGACAAACAGGAUCCACGUUCGCGGCCAUAUAUCGCGCCCUGUUUUUGGCGAAGGGCGCCAAACUCCAGAUCGGCAGAUGUUCUUCGUGAACUCGCGGCCUUGCGCCCUGCCGCAGAUAGCGAAAGCUUUCAACGACGUCUAUAAGUCAUUUAACGUGUCUCAGUCACCAUUUAUAUUUGCGGAUUUACAAAUGGAUACGAGUGCCUACGAUGUGAAUGUGUCACCGGACAAGCGGACGAUUAUGCUGCACGAUGCUGGUGCCAUGAUCGAGUCUUUGAAAAUCUCCCUUGCGCAGAUGUUUGAAGCCGCCGACCAGACGGUGCCGCAGUCUCAAAUCCUAGGCUCUAAAGCCUCAGGGACCAAGCAGCAGGCUUUGGGAGCCCUGCCUGGCUUUGUAACAGCAAAACAAGCCAGUCAGGAUAUGAACGAACCCCCUGCUACACCUAGGCGGGAGCAGAGCAGGAGUGACGUUGAAAUACCUGAAACUCAGCAGACUGGCCAGAACUUCAUCCAGAGGGUUUCGAGCCCGCAAGCGGGUGCCAGUGACACGAAUUUCCCUUCCACCCCUACGAAACCUGCAUGGGAGACAGGACGACAGCCCAAGCCACCUAGUAGGGUUAUUUCUCCGAUUCUGGAAGAAGAGCGGCCUUCCUCUCCUAGAGCUGAACCUGAAGCUCGAGAUACACCUGAUAAUCCCGAUCCACCUCAGCCCAAUGCUGGGCCGGAAGAUGAAAUGCUGGAGCAUUCAUCUCAGGCACUAGAUAUAAGCACGAACCCUAUGGCGGAGACAGAGGAGGAAACUCCAAAUGUGGUUCAGAAUGCAUUUGACCGUAUGCGACCUCGGCGACUCCCUGCCGAGAUGGCCACAAUUACCAUUGGGGAUCGUGUGGUGACGUCCAUGGUUGGCAGUGGUCAUCCGCGGAAAAGACGCUCAGACUUUGGUUCAGCUGCUAAAGAGCCUCGGCAAAGUAAACGGAAGAUCCACAAGCCUUCUCGUCCUGGCAUUUUUGGAGAUCAUAUGAAGGCCUUUGCCGCCCCUGGGACGCAAGCAGACGGGGGCGACACAGAGGUUGAUGAAGAAGAUGAACUAGUGGAUGAUGUUGCCGAAGAGUAUUCCGAGGAAGACGCUUCAGUUGAAGCAGAAAUUGAAGAAUCAGCAGAUGAUAUCGGAGAAGCUGAAGAUCUUGCACCCGAGGACGGGGAAUAUGUUCCCCUGGAAACUGCGUCGCCUCGGCCAUUGGAAAAUGAAGUGAACUCUGUUGAUGAGUCUCACACGGAAAACAAUGGGGAAACGGAGGAAGAAAAGAAAGCUCGAGAGGACAAGAUGGUUCAGCGCCUCAUCCAUCAAGCAGAAGAGACAGCAGUGGUUUCAGACGAGAACAGUACCGCUCGUGCAAAUAAGAUGAACAAGGGUGCCAUACAUCGUGACACGACAGUCAAUCUCAUUGGCACCAUCGAUGCCUCGGUUUCUCGGCUCCAGUCUCAAAUCACCCAGCUGCGAAAAUCGCUCACUUCGCAACCCACUUCAUCUCAGCCGCAGGAGCUUGCUCCGGGUGACGAGAAGACGGUUGAAGAUCGCCUGUCACUGACUGUCAGCAAAGCAGACUUCGCGCGCAUGCGAAUUGUCGGACAGUUCAAUCUUGGCUUCAUCCUCGCCGUUCGACCGGGUGGGGACCACGACGAGCUUUUUAUUAUCGACCAGCAUGCAUCCGACGAAAAGUUCAACUUUGAGCGCCUUCAAGCGGAGACGGCCGUCCAGCAUCAGCGACUUGUCCGCCCACAGCGUCUUGACUUGACUGCCGUCGAAGAAGAAAUCGUCAUCGAGAAUCGAGCGGCGCUGGAGAAGAACGGCUUCAUAGUAACAGUGGACGAGAGCGGCGAUGAGCCUAUCGGACGACGAUGUCAACUUGUUUCACUCCCUCUUAGCAAAGAGGUAGUCUUUGGUUCUCGUGACCUCGAAGAACUCAUCGUCCUCCUUUCCGAAGCCCCUGUUACAAACGGUGCCUCUGUGCCUAGGCCGAGUAAGGUGCGAAAGAUGUUUGCCAUGCGGGCCUGUCGGUCGAGUAUCAUGAUUGGGAAGACCUUGACAACCCGUCAGAUGCAGCGUGUCGUGCACAACAUGGGAACUAUUGAUAAACCAUGGAACUGUCCGCAUGGCCGGCCAACCAUGCGACACCUGAUUAGUCUUGGACAGUCGGAAGCCUGGGAUGAGUACGAGGAGCUUCAUCCGGAUGUGGAGAUUGAUACAGAUGAAGCCCAGCCAGUGGGCUUGGAUGUAUGGAAGCGCUUUCUCGAGGGUGAAAAGGACGAAGAAUCUGAUUCAUGA